UUGCGCGGCGCGGCGGCCGGCUCUGCGGUCGGGCCGGGAGCUGGGAGCAAUGGCGACCUUUGUGAGCGAGCUGGAGGCGGCCAAGAAGAACCUGAGCGAGGCGCUGGGCGACAACGUGAAACAAUACUGGGCCAACCUGAAGCUGUGGUUCAAGCAGAAGAUCAGCAAAGAGGAGUUUGACCUGGAAGCGCAUAGACUUCUCACACAGGAUAAUGUGCACUCUCACAACGAGUUCCUCCUGGCCAUUCUCACGCGGUGCCAGAUUUUGGUGUCUACCCCAGAGGGUGCCGGCUCCUUGCCCUGGACAGGCGGCUCCGCAGCCAAGCCCGGGAAGCCGAAGGGAAGGAAGAAGAUGUCUUCUGUGCGCCAGAAAUUUGAUCACAGAUUCCAGCCUCAGAACCCCCUCUCGGGAGCCCAGCAGUUUGUGGCAAAGGAUCCCCAAGAUGACGAUGACUUGAAACUGUGCUCCCACACAAUGAUGCUGCCCACGCGGGGUCAGCUGGAGGGGCGGAUGAUCGUGACGGCGUACGAGCACGGCUUGGACAACGUCACCGAGGAGGCCGUGUCGGCUGUGGUCUACGCCGUGGAGAAUCAUCUUAAGGACAUAUUGGCAUCAGUUGUAUCACGAAGGAAAGCAUAUCGGUUGCGAGACGGUCACUUUAAAUACGCCUUUGGUAGUAACGUGACCCCCCAGCCGUACCUGAAGAACAGCAUCACGGUGUACAACAGCUUAAUAGAAAGCCCUCCAGCCCUUCCUGCCUCCUGUGUCGGCCAGAACGCAGCUGCCCACCUGCACCCCGACGAUGCGGAGCAGCAGGCCGCACUCCUGCUGGCAUGCUCCGGGGACACCCUCCCCGCACCCCUGCCUCCCGUGAACAUGCAUGACCUUUUUGAAGCUCUGCAGGUGCACAGGGAAGCCAUUCCCUCGCACACUGUGUACGCGCUCAACAUCGAGAGGGUCAUCACGAAGCUCUGGCAUCCCACCCACGAGGAGCUGCGGCAGGACCAGGUGCACAGACAGCGCCUGGCCGCCAGGGGGGGGCUUCUGCUCUACUGAGUCGCCCCCUGCUCUGCCGAGUCAUGCCGCAACAUACUGGUUAGUGAGCAUUGACUGUCUCGGGUCCACACUUCAAGACUGGAGUGGACGGUGUAAAUAUAACCUUUCCUAUGGAAAUGUGACAUUGAGUACAUUUUGUGUUGCUACUGUGAAGCCAUUAGUAGAAAUCUGACUUCGCGAGGGACCCAUAUCUGUGUGUGGACGUGUCCCCGUAGGGUGGGCCCUGAAAGUUGCCUGCGUGGGAAUGGCCUGGCCCUGAGCUGCCGGGUCCUCUGGUCUGCCUGUCAGGUAGGUGACCUCCUAGAACAAGGACGCUGUUAGAACUCUGCCCCCGUGACCUGCAGGACACCCAUGUGUUCAGUGGCAUCCUCUGCUCAGUGUCCAGCAGGCCCAAGGUUCCGCCUGCCUCCUGAGAGAAGCGCGCUCUUGGAAUUCGGUGGAAGUAACGUACAGUGUUAACAGUCAGACGCCUCCCUCGGUGACCAGCUGAUUGUCAGCAGAUGUUACCUGGCAGCACCUACAAAUCAACACCGCUCCGAGACAGGAUGGCUCAGGCAGCCUGUGCUACUGGACACGCCACAGCAGACGCAGAAUGAAUUCGUUCACCUCAUGAAAUGUCUCCUCGAGACUCAGGUUCCCUUCAUGUGGUUCAUAUUCCCGGACGCUGACUGGCAGGCUCACCUAUUCGUCGUUCCCAUAGGACGCUUACAGUUUAUGUGAACGUGUUGCAUUGUACGUGUAAUUCCCCAGUUCCUGUGUCUAUCCUUUCAAACGAUAAAGUGAACGUAAUUUACACUUGGCAGUGUUACCGACACCAGGCUUUUUUAGAGAGGUAUUGCUGUUUACUCAAGGGGAAGUGCUGGUGGAUAUGCAGUUGACUCCUGAACAGUGUGGGUGUUAGGGGCGCCAACCCCAACGCAUCGGAUACGCACUCACAACUUGUGACUUGCCAAAACUUCGCUACCCUCAGUACCCGUGGGGGCUUGGUUCCCGGACCCCCACUGAUGCCAGAAUCCUCGGGUGCGCAGGUCCCCGAUACCACAUGGUGCAGAGCCACGUAGACUCCCAACCGCAGGCUUUAGUCCGGGUGUUCACCGAAGAAAAUUCAUGUAUAUGUGGCCCCGCAGUUCAAACCUGUGUUGUUCAGGGUCGGCUGCAUUAGAAUGAGUUCUGUGGGUUAGUAACGUAUAAAUAUGUACAGAUGGGAAGCUGGCUGUGUGUGCUGGAUUUUGUACCUUCAAUGUGACAAAUAAACCUUUUGGGAGAAAACUGUGUGUUUAUUAAACAGAUAAGGGACCCUGCCUUCUGCAGAAACAUGAAAAGCCCUGUGGUGAGACCUGAGCAAGAUGUUUCAGGAGAAUGUUCUAGAGGGAAAGAUUAAGGCAUGCCAUCUCUUCCUUCUGUUGUGUGUAAACAAGACUGAAAGGAAAGUCAACAGCUCAGUUUCAGUUGCUGGCCCAAGUCAGAAAGGCCCUUUAGACUUACGGUUGAGCUAAUACUGGAGUUGCGGGUUUAGAGGAACUGGAACCAGUGUCUAACCAAACAUUUUGGACUACACACACCUGGGCCUCAAGGCUACGUAUGUGUCCAAUUUUGUGGGUUCCGCGGGUGCAGAGGCAGCCAGGCCAGGUCUAUGGCCCACUGAGAGGGCAGGUUUCAUCUCUGCUCUUGGAUCUAAGUCCCUACAGUCACCUGCUCUGUGGACCAGAGGACUCCCUGUGCCUCCUGUUCCGGGCCCACUCUCUGAGGGCAGGAGGGUAGGGAGAAUGGUGCUCAAGAGCCCUGAGAAGUGUGAGCAGAUGAGGCUGCCGCCAGCCGGGCCCUCCCGCCCUGGGAUCCUGAGUGCUUCCUGCUAAGCAUCCUCUUGAGAAAUGCUUCCGUGAGGAAAAAUGCUGAGAACGAGGUAGCUUCACACAGAAUGAAGCGCUUUUCCUGCAGGAACCCCACAAUCACGUUAGCUGCAGGGUCACUCGGGCCCACCCUACUGUGUCCCGGCCCGAAGUGCUCAGCACAUGCCCAUCACCCUGAGCACCCACCGCUGUGACCGGCCAAGCACAGCUCUCCUCACGGAACCCGUCCCCUUGGCGACCACGACGGGGCUUCAGUUACUGAGUGGUCGGUCCUGACUGCAGUGAAGGCCUGUUCCCUGUGGCAUGUGCCUCCAGGAGAUAAAAUCAGGGCAGAGACACUUGGUUUUAGGGGUCAUGCCUGCUGUGGCCAACAGAUGGGUUCAGAAUUUGACUGAUGGCUUAAAGGGAAACGUGGUCUAGGUUAUUCUUGGAAAGGAGACAACUACUUACUCAUUGAAUCCACGGGCAGGGUAGAUUGGAGUGAUCACGCAUCGUGAAAGGGCACAUGGAGGGUUCACCAUGCUUUCCUUUCUAGAAGGCAGUUCUGUGGGUCAGCGUGCUGGCACGUUUUCACUCAUUAAAACCCACACCCCUAAUGACUGCCUUCCUGAUUCUGGUAACGUACCGUCCCUCACAGCGCCCAGGCCAGGACUGCUUGAGGGGAAGCUGUUUAUGCCAGCCCCCUGCCCCAGUCUAAAACCACACACUUGCUUCCCUCUGUAAAGACACCGUUCCUGGUACUGCCAUCCCACGAACAGACCCUUUCGAUCCAAGGGUGUAACAUUUAUUGGUACAAGGGGUGAGGAAGGACGAGUCAUUGUUUGCAGUGUGGCUUUCACAGUACUAGCAGGUGAGGAAUAAAGACACCACCACAGCCUACGGUCUUUAUUAUCAAAGUUUAUUGUGGGCCAUUUUCUACCUACUGAGGAGUAAGUACAUCUAUGUCUCAACAUGUGCUGUCGUCCCUCAGGGUCACGGCCACCCUGCAGCGCAGCUGUCCCGGGCUCCGUUAGGCAGAGGCUGUCAGUGGAAGCAGAGCCGUCACUCCGGGAGCAUCCCAGAGCAGCAGCCGAAAGGCACCGCCCAUGGGGUGGAGACGGCGGUAUUGGCGGAAUGAAUCAGGAGUUGAACGCAUUCUCCACGCAUCUCGGCCAGAGAACGGUGGCCCCGAUGCCGGAUCCCAAAUCAGGUCUUAUAAGCAUGCCCCACGCAAGUGAAACGGCAGCGAGGGAGGUGCCGGGAACCAGGGAGGUGGAGGAUAAAUUAAGUGGAAUUGGAGGGGAUGGAAAGUUCUGGAAUGCAAAGUAGCUGGGUGUAGACGCCAUUUCAGAUGACGAAGAAUUCGGCACAGUUUGCCAAUGGGGCAAUUCAAAUAUUGAAAGUUAUUCUGAUACCAGAAAUUAAGUGAGAUUUCCCCUUUGGGAGGAACACUGGUUUUUAAAAAAGGGGAAAGGUGUUUCGUCAACAGGAAAAUGAGUACCUGAGUAGAAGUAGGUGGCUCAAGAUGCCAAGAACAGUGUCGAGUAGGAACGAGAGGGUGUGCAGGAGGGAGACGUGGAGGCCUGUCGCAGGCCUGACGUGGAAUGACAUUUCUAGCAGGGGCUUUGUCUGCGAGGUGCUGGCCUGUUUCCUGUAGCGCAGAUAGCGUUGAAGGAAUGUUUCCGUAACACUCGACUGAGGUGGGAAUGCAAACUACUAUAGUGUAAAGACUCGGAGACCUCCCCCUCCUGCAGGGGGAAGGGUUCGUCUCAAACAGCUGUGGCUGAAGGCCCGCACCCUCUCACCACCCCCGUGAUAAAAAUAUUAAAAUGAACAAAUCAAACGCCAGGAGUCCAUGAGCCUUGUACCAUGAGCACAGCAGGCAACUUCCGCUGACUUGUGCAGGCGGCCUGAGAAAGGGGACCUGUGGCCUGAAUGCUGCCCUGCGUUAGAGAGAACCAUAAUGAACCCCCAAGCUAGCUGCCCACCUGGCUGGGAAGAUUAAUAAAACAGCAUCGUUUGCUUUAACCUGGAUCUUCCCCACUAACCGAGUUUGCCUAUAGAAAAGCCACCGGCUGGCACCAGGCCAGUGUGUCUGAAUGUUGUCAUUAGUAUCUCCUUUUCCUAA